AAAAAAACUAGAGUAACCAAAAAAACUUGCGGAAAUUAAAAAAAAAAAAAAAACUUGCGGAAAUCACUAAACUAAGUGAAUUUUGGGCAAGAUCGAGUUUCUGAAAAUCCGUUUAACCAGGAUGAUACCGUUGAUUGACUCUGUUGGACGUUAUGGGACAAUGGCAAGUGUUUUUUUGAGGAUUGGUCAAGUAUUAUUCGCUGGUUUAUCCGUUAUGUCACUAGCUAUUACCUUGUACGUUAUGACCACAUAUGCAAUUUGGUUCAGUGCUUUGAUGGCAUUCAUGGGCUGCCAAGCUUGUUGGAGCUUUAUCAUGAUGGUGGUAGAACUCUGUGUUGCAAAGGAAGGAGUUGAUCUUCGGGCACAUCCCUAUUAUUUUACCCUAAUUUUCCGUUGGGACGUGCUUGUAUUGUAUUUGUCAAUUGGAAGCACAAGCGUCAUGGUAGCGAUGUUGCUAUUUUAUUUCCACGAUGUACAUAUGUGGGACGUACGCCGUUAUGAUUUUUUUAGAUGGUAUCUGUGUUCUGCUAUAUUUGCCUCUACUAGUUGCAUUUUGGCUUCUUUAUCUGUCGGUAUCGCGGCCCGAAUUAAUUCAUCCAUUAUAAUACCCGGCCCGAAUUAAUUCAUCCAUUAGAUACCCGGCCCGAAUUAAUUCAUCCAUUAUGAUACCCUAGUUGUAGUAAUCGAAUGUAAUUGUUUUAGCUAAAAUUAUCUCAAAUUCUAUUAGUUACAAUGUAAUUUUUUGUUUUGUUGGAAGAGACAUGUGGUUUAUGUAAUGAUGUUCUUCAUAACUAAAAUAUGUUUAAUAUUUAAAUCAUUGUGUACUGAGUAAUAUGUUUAUUAUAUAAUUAUAUCUUUACCAUCUAAUUAUGGUUGAUUACGGAAAUAUUAAACCGAUAAAAGUUCGAAAUGGUAAAAGAACACUUUUUUUAUGCUAUGAAACUACAUUUCAAGAUAUUAGUGGCAGAAAGCCACACAAAAAAGGAACCCAUACAUUAUUAGGCCAUGUUUAGUUCACCUUA